CGAUAUUGUAGAUCGACACUUAGCUGCGCGGGAGGUAGAAGUUUGAAAUGCGUAGUAUGUUGGUUGCUGCUGGGAUGUGUUAUCGUUGUACGUGGUGCUAACGAAGGGUUGUGGUUAUCUGUGGCGUGAGAAGUAAUCUUGAUUGCCAAGAUAAUUUUUUCAGGUUUUGUUUGGCUGUAUCUAGAGAAUGGAGUUCAAUGCAGAGGAUCACCAACACAUACGGUACAAUCCACUGAAAGAUGAAUGGGUUCUUGUGUCACCUCAUCGCAUGAAGCGUCCGUGGAGUGGUCAAAUUGAGCAUCCUCAAGAAGAGGAAAUUCCAGAACAUGAUCCAAAUAACCCGCUGUGUCCAGGUGUUACAAGACCUAAUGGACAGAUAAAUCCACACUACACUUCAACAUUUGUGUUUACAAAUGAUUUUCCUGCUCUCCUGGAAAAUGUCCCAGAACCACCAGAAAGUGGUGAUCCUCUGUUCCAAAUGAAGAAAGCUGAAGGUACCUGUAGAGUUAUGUGCUUCCAUCCAAAAUCUAAUGUGACCAUUCCACUGAUGACUGAAGAGGAGAUCAGUACUGUUAUUUCAGGGUGGAUACAACAAAUAAAUGAACUUGGAGAAAAGUAUGCAUGGGUCCAGGUUUUUGAAAAUAAGGGUUCUAUUAUGGGUUGUUCAAAUCCACACCCUCAUUGCCAGAUUUGGGCAUCAUCCUUUUUACCAAAUGAGGCAAGGAUAAAGGAUAUGCACCAAAGAAAAUACUACGAAAAAUUUGGGAACCUAAUGUUACUGGAUUACCUCAAAAAGGAACUUCAAAAGCAGGUUCGCGUGGUUAUAGAAAAUACUGACUGGGUGGUUUUAGUUCCAUAUUGGGCUGUAUGGCCAUUUGAGACAAUGAUCCUUCCUCGAACUCAUAUUAAACAAAUGACUGAUCUAACGCAAGAUGAGAUAGAAAGUUUAGCAAGCAUAAUGAAAAGACUAACCACAAGAUAUGAUAAUUUAUUCCAGACAUCAUUUCCAUACUCAAUGGGUUGGCAUGGUGCUCCUACUGGCCCAUAUAAAGACAAUGAUGAACAUUGGGUGUUCCAUGGGAUUUAUUAUCCUCCCCUCCUUCGAUCAGCAACUGUAAAAAAGUUUAUGGUUGGAUAUGAAAUGCUGGCACAAUGCCAACGUGAUUUAACUCCGGAGCAGGCAGCAGAAAGACUAAGAAAUUUGUCAGAAGUACAUUACAAACAACAAUGAUUUUAGUAGGAAUGUACUUGUAAUAUACAAGCUCAUCACAAAUGUAUUUGCCAAACUUGUUGCUUUAUCCACAAAAUCAUUUACUUGAGAUGCUAUUUGUAAAAGAUUGUUUACAAAGAUGUAUUAUUUAGCAAUAAAAGUAUAGUGAACAUGUUAA